GGCAGCUUCGUUUCCUCUCGACUGUUCAUCUGUGAAUCGCGCAGUCAUCAAUCAAUUCUUAUCCGUGGUGUCUGAUGCUCUUUAUCCCGACGAGCUCUGCAAAUGGAAGACCAGCACAAACGUGUAUUGGCUGCAAGUUAUGUUCUUAGAUCGUAUAUCAUUCCACACUUCGAUCGCGGUCAUGGCUACAAUGAAUGCGUUCUUCUUCAAUUACGAAUCGCUUCCAAUGCAAAUUUCUCACCAUCUGAGUCAAGCAGUUCGCUUGGUCAACGAACAAGUCAAAUCACUUGAAUUCACCGACUCUACUCUGUCCGUCGUCAACUUCCUCAUUGUUCAAGGUUUAGUUCAGGAAGAUUUGGAACGUGCAGCUAUUCACCGAGAAGGCUUACAACGUAUUGUCGAAGUGCUCGGAGGACUCUCUAAACUCAAACUUCAUCCUACUCUACUUUUGAAAAUUCACAAAACCGAUAUAGACCUUUCGUUGCACGAUGGCUCGCCAACUCAUUUCUACCGCGAUAAAAUGGCUGAAAUAAAGACAACUCUCCGCGAACGAGGUUAUGUCUUGGCCGAUAAGUCAGUUCCAUUCACCACCAGUCUGUCUACGACUGCUCCCGAACUUGCUGGCAUACUACAGGAUACAAUUUGCAUCACGGCGUUAUUUAAUGACAAAGAUGUCGACUUCAAGGUCGACCCUCAUACACUUGCGGAGAUUACGGUAUCCAUCGGCUACCGCUUAUUGAAAUUCAGAACGCUGAAUGAUACACGCCAAGACAACGCAUUGGAAGCAGCUUUUCACAUUGGCAUUGCAACGUUCCUCUCCACGCUCUACAUACAGUUCGGGAAUCGUCGCUUUCUAAAGUAUCAUCUCGUAGGUACGCGUCUAUGUGAGGUCAUAGAAAAUGGUCUGGGCAAAGAAAAUGCCAGUGUAAUGCUUUGGUUGGUUUUUCUAGGUGGCAUAUCUGUUCUCUCCAAUGUCGACCGCGACUGGCUUACGCGAACUGUGCAUGUGGUGACACAAGCACUUCGUAUUACAACGUGGGAGGAAAUUCAGGACCACCUGCUUGGUUACCCGUGGGUUAGUGAACUUCAUGACAAACCGGGAAUGGCUGUGUGGAAAUCAAUUGCCGAUCUUUCAUGACAGUUUAAAUCAAGAAGUGGAAGACAUGUUCGGAAUUACCAUGGACUUUGACGGCAAUAAGUUAAAUCCAAUUAGAGAGAUGUUAACCACUGACCUAGAGCUGAAAGCUCCUCGGGAGACAUUCUAGGUCGUUUACAAAGAUUCUGGCCAAUAAGAGAAGUAUACCCAAAAGUGGACUAGUCCUUCAGACAACCCAAUCAUGCCUCAGGUCGCUCUCUUCAGCUCCUCCGGAUUGCGAUCAUCAGAAUUGCAUGGCGGCAUCAGGCUUAUCGCCGUUGUUUGAGCCGUUUGGUCAGUUAUCGCUAUGGAGAAACCUCGUGCCGAAAUGUCUCGCGGUUCAGUAGAGCUGUGUAUAAAAGGCGGCUUGCCCUUAUUGUAGACGAAGAGAACAAC